CUACAUCUAUAAACUCCUCUGAAAACAGCACAUGCUAGUUGAAUUAAAAUUUGAUCCCACAACCAUGCCUGAUCCACCCCCCCACGUCCUCUACACCAGGGAGCUUAUCCACAAAGGCCAUGGCUAUCCAUUUUGGUAUCCAGAGCCAGAUCCUAUCGCACUGGAUGAGGUCAAGGAAAGAGGCAUACAUCCUGGAGAUGUCGGAAUCAUUAACAAACAUGGAGGCUUCGACUUUCUCUUCAGCAUCUUCAGGAAUGCUAACGGCCAGGUCGUCGGAAAUGCACCUGAAAGCUUUCAGCCGGCCUCUGUAUCCGACCAACGAGAUGUACAAGUUUAUCCGGCGCAUGGGAAUGUUCUUAAAAGUGAACAUGUAUCCUGCAGAGAGGUUUCAGUAGAUGCUUCUGCUCAAGGUUUACCCAGCACUGUGGAUGCUGGCAUGUCCUUCGAUGUUAGUACCUCAGAUGUUUCCGCAGCAAUCUUGUGCCUUCCAGAUUAUUCUGUGAGGUAUGAGGCUGUGAACGAAGCCUUCUUCGAAGACUACGCCCGACAAUAUGGAGUAUCAUGGUACAACCAUGUCAACGGAACCUUGCAUCGGAAGGUGCAAAACGGUUUUUUAUAUCUUAUAACUGGGUGUGACAAAACAAAUACUUGGGGGAACGCAGUCGUCAGCAGGACAGAUCAGUCAUUCACGUUUUCUCUGAGGUGUACAUUGGCAAAUGUGGGUGGGGUAACAGUUAAAGUUGCAAAAUUGUGGAUCGAUGAUGCUGGAGUGGAAAAUGGCUUAUUCCUGAUUCCUUCCGCCCACUACCCUUAUCCAAUAGGUCUUCAGAACCAGUGUGUAUUUGCACGUGGUUUUACCAUUUUGCUUUCAGAAAACUUGUUCCGAAAAUCGUGGCUGGCAGUUACUCAUUCCAUCGAAGGUUCCUCCAGAGAUAGGAUUCCCUCUUUCAAUAGUAAGGCAUCACCUCUCCCGCCGAGCGAUGGAAAGACUGGAUUUUCGACUUAUCUUUCCUCGUUCAUUGGUUCCAAGACGGUACCGAACAACUCGGACUCAGAUCAGAGAAGGAUGAUGGCAGAGAGCACUGACUCCCAUGGGUCGUUUGCCGUAGAAGUAUCUGAAUUUCCACCUGGGGGAAACUGGAUCUUGAAUCUUUCGAUGGUAAUGAAUGAAUAUCUGUUGAGCAAGGACCCUUCCCUCGAGAUAGUAGUCACGCAUGACAAAGAGUGGAUAGGAGCUCUGGCGCAAAUUAAAAGAUUCGUUGGAUGCCAAGCUGUCCAGCAACGUUAGCGUACCACCAAAGCUUCCUUCAGAAAGAAUGUCAUCAGGACAGCGCUUACGCCUCAAAGAUGAACGUCAAUUUUGGGCCGUUCUCAUCGGUAUUGACGCAUAUCCAACCACUCCACUACGCGGUUGUGUAUCAGAUGCAAGGGAAAUGGCCAAAUAUCUGAUCGGAGACCUCGGUGUCCCAGAAGAUCAUAUUCAGUACCUUCUGGGUGCCAGCUCACCGCCGUAUUCUCAGUCAAAUGAUGGCUACAUCCAUUCCCCUGAAAACUUCGUACAAAGCUAUCCCAACGUUGACUCCGAAGGCAACGAUUCCUCCAUCCCCACCCGUGAUAAUAUAAUCAAAACACU